AUGACAGGUCCCAAUAAGCCGACCGCCAGUCCCGUGGAUAUCUGGACUUUUCUGAUUCUCUGCAAAACCCGAUUCCCAAAAGCAAUCAUUUCGAUCGGUUGGACAACACUUGUGGAUGAGAUGUCUAUAAAGACUGGUUAUACGCGGGAUAUGGUGGACCACAUGGCCUCUCUGGUCAAGGAAUACAAUUUGUCGCAACCGUUGACUUUUGCGGUCAACGCAUCGCUUCUCAAGUACUCCAUUUGCGAACUCCAGAGACUCCUCUUUCAGGUGCCGAACAGUACUCUGACUGUAUGGGCCCAUCCGCACGAGUUUGAGUCGAACCUCACUCUUCACGAUUUGAUUCUAAUUCGCAAAUCAUUUUCGUCGGGUUCCGUCUUCUAUGACAUGCCAUCAGAUGUAUUGAAUCAGUUCAGAGUCGAGGUCUACAACAACUGAUCACUGGUUUCGAGCCGUUCACACAUUCACUAAUAGAUAUGAAGCCAUCGUUUAAAG